CAUCCGCUGGUACAAGGCUGAGACGGAGUUCUACCGGUACGUGCCGCGGGAGAUGCCGCCCACCAUGGUGUUCCCACUGCCUGGAGCCUCGGUCGACCUAGCACAGUCGGACUACCAGCAAGUGCGAAUAGUGAACCUAAACCGGCGCCUCAGUGGGGACUACCAGUGCGAGGUGUCAGCUGACGCCCCCCUCUUUCACACUGACAUCCGCUCCGCGCCGCUCACUGUUGUCGAUCCGCCGUUUCGAGCACCACGUCUGUCUGUCUCCCAGCGAAGCUACGCCAGGGGGGAUGCCAUCAGAGCCAACUGCUCCGUGGAUGAGGCCUACCCCGCACCCAACAUCACGUGGAUCCUGGACAACCAUAAGAUAGCAGAGACGAUAUCGUGGCGGACGUCGGACCAAGACUUCAAGGAGCGCGGAGCCUUCAGCCAGAUGGAGCUUACGAUCCUCGAGGCGGAGCAUUACAAAGUGGGCCUGACGUACACCAGCGCCAGUCUGAACAGGGUCUAUCAGGAUCACUACAUCUACGACCGGGAGAUGGAGGACGAUCGCGAUGUUGUUAGAUAUACGAUGGUGCCGCCUCCGACUGGGCAGUUCGCCCUGGGCUGUGUGGCCACCAUCUUCGACAUCUACGCGCGCAAGAGUGAGCCAAUCUACAUCCGAGAGGAAGCUCCGCAUCCAGCUUCCGUUACAGGAGAAGACUCGUCAGGUACAACCGCAAACUACAGCGUCCUCCUCACAAGCCUCGCUUGCGUCACUCUCGCCUCGUUAUGAUUACAACGUCGCAGCAUCCCGUAAGAUCUUAAGGAAACUGAAUGUUGUGAUAGACAUUAAGGACCUUUUUGUCUGAGCCACAUUUAUUUGUUCGUGUACAAAACAUUUAUGUUAUCAAAUGGUAUCUAUUCUUUAUCAUCACACGUUGUAUAUUAUUUAAUGCAAUAUCUUUUUUAAACUAAGUUUAAUAAUUAUUGACAUAUAGAUAAGAGAAAAAUGUCCUAAAAAGGGCCACCUUGUGUCCAUCGAACUGUGACGUGGGUGUUAAGCCUUAUGAAUGUGCUUGUAAUUUGACCGGCUUCUAUUCUCUUCAGUCUGAAACACAUCAAUGCUGAAAUUCCACGGGCGAGUUUUGAUAAACAUCUGCUACUUCUAAAUAAGUGCUUAUAUUAUGUGCGUCUCUUACCAUUUACCAUUUUUUUUUAGUUUCAUUCUAGCAUGCUCCAAAUAGAAGUUUACACAAGCCACUUAGGCACUGUUAAUAAUGAUUUAAUAUUUUUACUUUGGACAUACUUAUUUUCAUCAUUGUAGAGUAAACAUUUAUCUACUACACUCUAAAAGUCUUUCGUGGUUUGUCACCAAUAAUCUUCCAGAUUGCCAAUAUAGUUAAUGUCGCCUAUGUUUAACUUGCGAGAAGCUUGACAAUGUAUUUGGCAAAUAUUUGUGGUUCUUACAUAUUGGUCUUGCUAAAGUAAUAAUAAAUAGUUGAUACGUACAAUCGGCAGCCAAAGUUUAUACGUAAA